AAAGGUCUGCAGUGAUCCAUCUGCUUUCAUUUCCUGGGAUGGAAUUCACCUAACUGAGGCAGCUUAUGGCACAAUAGCAGAGAGUUUAUUAGAAGGUCCGCAUGCCAAUCCUCCAUUGUUGGGAGCAUGUCCAGCCACUCAACGAAGUGAAACUUAUGACUUCUAGCGAAAUUGAUCUAGGGAUAGUUCAUCCAAUCCCAAAUUCCCUGAUGCAAGACUGGUAUAAUCUCAUUUAAUUUCGAAACAUCUUUGCGACCUAUUUUUGCUGCGGUUCCAUCAUGCUGCAUUGCCUAGUUGUUGGUAGCUCCAUUGAUAUAUUUUUGAGAACUCUUUAUUAUCUGUAUAAAAGAAAUUGAUGGAUAUGUGGCAGUCUAUUAACAAAAAACCGAGGAGAACUCUUCAGUAAUGACAACUAGCUUCAUAUCUCGACAAGGCGUUGACCAAGGACGCCGAGCUUGCCGCGGCCUCGAGCUCUUUCGUAUGUGCCUUCGUCCCUCCAAUAUAUAAUGCUUUGACACACUCGUCCAAAUCAUCCUGCCAUCGGGGUCUCGUUACCAUCUCCAAAUAAGUUCCCCCUUCCAAUAUCCAAUAAUAGUCUCUCUUGCUUGGAAGGGGACGAAGAAUAAGUCUUGGUUGAUAAUCAAUCAUGGGGAACGGCGGCGUUCUAGUUGUCUCAGCGGUCGUGCUCGUGGCCGUCGUUGCCACCGUCGGCGUCGUCACCGUCUCCAACAGCCGUGGAGACGAUACGUCUGAGGCACAAGUGACGAAGCUGUCCACCUCGCAGAAGAACAUCCAGCAAUUCUGCCAGCCGACCGACUACCAGCAGACUUGCGAGACCACGCUCUCCUCUGUCGCCGGUAACAACACGGACCCUAAGAACCUCGUCAACUUGGUCUUCAAUGUCACCAUCAACCACAUCAAGGAGGCCUUCAAGCACUCCACCACGCUUCAGGAGGCCGCAAAGGACCCGCGCACCUCUGAGGCCCUCGAGAACUGCCGCGAGCUCCUCGACUACGCCGUCGACGACCUCCACAGCUCCGUCGACCGCCUCGAUGACUUCUCGUUGGAAAAGAUCGGCAAGUUCAUCGACGACCUCAGGGUGUGGAUUAGCGCCAGCAUCACGUACCAGGAGACGUGCCUCGACGGGUUCGAGGAAGCCGACACGGACGCCGCGGCAUCCAUGCGCAAGGCGCUCAACAGCUCCGCCGAGCUCAGCAGCAACGUUCUCGCCAUCGUCACCAACAUCGGGGACGCACUCGACAAGCUCAACCUCGGCGGCUUGAGCCGCAAGCUCCUCGAAGUCGAUAAUGAGUUCCCAUCGUGGGUCUCUGGCGGCAAGCGAAGGCUCCUUCAGAUGAGCCCGGCCGAACUGAAGCCUGCUAUCACAGUGGCCCAGGACGGCUCCGGGGAUGUCAAGACCAUCGGCGAGGCCUUGCUACGCGCUCCCAAGAACAGCCUCAAGAACGUCGUUAUCUACAUCAAGGAAGGCGUGUACGAUGAGCAGGUCCAGGUCAACCGGAGCCAUACCAACAUAAUGAUGGUCGGCGACGGGCAAAGCAAGACCAAGAUCACCGGCGGCCUCAACUUCGUUGAUGGUGUGGCCACCUUCAAAACUUCCACCGUCGCUGUGGUUGGAAACGGAUUCAUCGCCAAGGACUUGUGGAUCGAUAACUCAGCAGGGGCAGCGAAGCACCAGGCUGUGGCGCUCCGAGUGCAGUCGGACAAGUCGGUGUUCUACAACGUCCGGCUCGACGGGUACCAGGACACGCUGUACGUGCACACCCACCGACAGUUCUACCGCGAAUGCACAAUCACCGGCACCAUUGACUUCAUCUUCGGCGACUCUGCCUCCAUCUUCCAGAACUGCCUCAUCUUGGCCCGGAAGCCUUUGGACAACCAGCAGAACAUCGUGACCGCGCAAGGGCGUAAGGACCGGCGAUCCACCGGCGCCAUCAUCCUCCACAACUGCACCAUCAGUGCUGACCCCGAAUACUACCCCUUACGCAACAAGCUUCCCACCUUCCUGGGGCGCCCGUGGAAGGAAUACUCCAGGACCUUCGUGAUGCAAUCGCAGUUGGACGACUUGAUCAAUCCCAAGGGGUGGCUGCCGUGGCUCGGCGACUUCGGCCUCAACACUUGCUUCUACGCUGAGAUCGACAACCGCGGCCCUGGCUCCGACAAGAGCCAGAGGGUGACGUGGAAGGGAGUGAAGACCGUUGACCUUGACCACGCCCAGAAGUUCACCGUCCAACGAUUCUUCUCAGGCAAUGCCUGGCUGCCGCAGACCGGCGUGCCCUUCAUCCCCGGCCUGCUCCCGCCCUCAUGAUCCCCCAAUUAAUUGAUGAUGCACGCUCAAUGCCCUACAGAGAUUUGUUAGUACCACCGACGACCUUCUCGCGAGAAAUUGCCUCGUCGAUGAAGAUCAUAGGAACGUUUUUUUUCCAUCAGUGGGAAAUGCUCCCCGUCUGUGAAAUUUUACUUUUUUGACAUAUAGGAACGUUUUUUUUUCUCCAUCAGUGAGACUGUUUCCCAUGGCAAAUACCAUCACCGACGGACUUCUUGUGCUCGCUGUCGGUGAAACAUUCUUAUUUAAUCAACAUUU